GCACAUCGAGGGACACGCACAUCGAGGGACACGAUGGUGGCACCGGGGCGAGGAGAGCAACGGCUCUUGAUCAUUUGCUUUGCAACGACGAAGACGAAAGUGCGGAAUAGCUGGGCCGCGACUCAUUGCUCCUUCUCACCUACCCACGACAACUUAUCUGCGCCCGGGCCGUCAAGGCGACGUAGCAUUCUCUGCUCCCCACCACGACACGACACGAUAGUAUGGCACUCCCCGCAGUAGCCAACCUGGCCGUCUCCUCCCUACUGCGCCGUCAUGGCGAUGACGGCGAUAGUGACUCCGACAGUAUGGCUGGCAUGCCAGGCAUGACCUCUAGCAGCUCUGAGACCGCCGUGUCCUCCUCCAUGCCUAGCAUGCACAUGACCUUCCACCUCUCCGACUCCACGCCACUGUGGCUCAAUCACCUCACCCCCUCCUCCCCUUCCUCCCUCUUCGGCUUUGCCCUCCUCCUCUUCUUCCUCGCCAUCCUCUCCCGCUUCCUCUCCGCCGUCGAGCGAGGAGCAAAUGCUUAUUACUGGGAGCGAGAGACUCUUCGGCGCGGUCGGGCGGUUGUUCGCGUGGAUACUCAGGGGGUCAACAGUGGAUGGACGGGACAGCAUGGCGGAGCAGUGAGGAAAGAUCGACUUCCCUGGUUGGCGAAUGUGGAUCUCCCUAGGGGGAUGUUGGAGAUCGGAAGGAGCUUUGUUGGCUACCUCUUGAUGUUGGCUGUCAUGACCUUCAACUUUUGGUACUUUCUCGCCGUCCUCCUCGGCCUCGGUGUAGGCGAGACGGCCUUUGGACGCUUUGGACGACGUCGUCUGUCCGCCAGCUCCAGCGACAGCACUACCACGGCAAGCAGCAGUGGUGGCAUAGACAGUAGCGACUCUGGCGGCUUACUGGUGCCGGGAGGCAGCAUCGUCGGGCACUCUGCUCCUCGGGGAAUCUUGCGUAACAGUGAUGCAGGAGCAAGGAGCGAUGUGAUCGAAAUGGAUGAGAGGAGGGAGAAGGGCAUGAGUGUCGUUGAGGAGGAGAAGGCAUCUGUUGAUGGGCAUGGAGAUGGCAUUACCGUGAGCCACCUAAACAAGACCGGGUAGGCGCCACUGGCUGGAGGUUGUAGGCGGUUCUUCCCUCAUGCGCUCUACCAUAAUACAUCUAGAUCUCACACAUACCCUCGAGAGCUGCAGCAGCCUCCAUUACUGCCCAGGUGAGCCUCUCUAGUUGCCAAUCCAUUUAGCUG